AUGGUCUCGACAGGUGUAGAAGUUUAUAUCAAAAUCUUCGACUCGUCAUACCAUCCGGACGUAGCUGGACGUAGUAAAGAUUCAGAAGCAAAAUUUAUUGAAAUCACUGAAGCGUAUGACUGUCUUAAAGAUCCAGAGAAACGACGAUAUUAUGAUAAUGGAAUCUCUGGCACUGGAGGACGUUAUACCGGGGAUCCAUACAAUUUCAGGGAUUUCCAGCAAAACACACAACGGAGAAAAGAUUAUGGAAAUCAAAAUGGUAAUCCGUUUUAUAGUAGAAGCUAUACUCAGCAAGAGUACGAGCGGAUAUGGGAAGUGUUCAAUCGUAUGCGUCAGGAGCAAGACUUAUAUAAUGAACAGAUAAGACGAGAAAAAGAAAGAAUAUGGGAUGAGUUUGCAAGACAACGGGCUGAGCGGUGGAAACGUUUUCAUGAUAAGUAAGU